UACCCCUCAAAUAUUAUAAUCAUGCUUUCAUCAUCAUCAAGGGACUAAACCGUAUACAUAAUUCCGGUCUCAAAAAUCCACCAUCAACUUCAUAAAUCAUAAUUAUCAUGUUCAUCUCUCAUUCCUAUAGCUAGCACUAUUAUUUUUCUUUUUUGUUUUUUUUUUUGCCAUGGCCAAAAUCAACAAAAACACAAAUACUACUCAAUAUUCAAAAUCAAAAACUUCUAUUUUUCUUUGUUGUUUUAGAUCCCACUUACCAAAUAAACCCUCAACGAUUAAAGAGACUAACUCUAUUCCAAAGCAAAAGAGAAGUAGUUGGUUUUCAUGGAGAAGGAUUCGAAUUAAAACAAAGUCAACGUCCAAAACGGUGCCGCUUGAAGCUUCAUUCUCUAAUGUUAAAGCUCAAUAUUCAAAGUCUCGGUCAAAGUCAACAAUUCUUCAUGGUAAAAAGUCUCAAGCUCCGGCAACCAACCCUCCACCGUCAACUCAGCCGCCUACGGUGCUCCCCUCCACUCCAUAUUAUACACCCACCCAGACAAGGCACGGUCCAAAUCCGAACAAUAACAUUGCAGAGGAUCACACGCGCGAACAACGACCAAAACGACAGGAUCGGAGGCUGUCGUCUACAAUAAAAACCAAAACGACAUCAAAGAACCUAAAAAACGCGCGAAGCUCGUACGAUUCUAUAGUUGGAAUGUCCGUACUAGUUGUAACAUUAGUGAUAAUGAUAUUUUGGGGUCGUUUUUGUGCCAUCCUUUGCACUUCUGCUUGGUUGUAUUUUAUCCCUCGUUUAAGGAAUAAUGUUGUUGUAAACGACGAUGAUAUUGGUCCCAAAGUGAAGUCAAACGACAUCGUGGAUUUAGAUUCGGAGGAGUAUAAGAAAAAAGUGAUUAUGGAAGGACUUCUUGGGAGAAAUAAUCGAGGUAACAUAUGAUGAUAUAAUGAAGAUUCUUGUGAUUUUCUGUAUGGUAGGCCAGUUGGUGGGUUCUUCGUUCAUCUUGUCGUCUAUUACUGGCUGCUUCAAAUUUUGUCUAUAUUAAUAAUUAGUACUAUAUUUA